CGCCCCAUUGUCUGCCAUAGACCCCCCUCUUCAAGUCUCGCGAGAUUUGCCCGUCGUGAGGAGACAGAGGAGCCGGAGGAGCUGAUGGCGACUGCAAUCAUGUUGGGUGUUGACUCCAUCAAGCUAGAAAAUGGACAGAGCACUUCGUCCAAGCUGGGUCUUCCCCCUCUCACCCCGGAGCAGCAGGAGGCUUUACAGAAGGCCAAGAAAUAUGCAAUGGAACAAAGCAUCAAGAGUGUCCUAGUAAAACAAACUAUUGCUCACCAGCACCAGCAGCUCACCAACCUCCAGAUGGCAGCAGUGACAAUGAGCUUUGGAGAUCCUCUCUCACCUUUACAAUCGAUGUGCCUGGACUACGUGUCAGGUACAACCCUUACGCUGCCAUGUCCCCAGCCUUUACCUUUGCGCACAGGUUUAUUAUGGAAUUGGGCUUCAGCCAACUUACCUCUGAUAACAGAAAUGGCAGCUCAAAGGCAGCGGGCUCUCGCAAUAAUGUGUCGUGUUUAUGUCGGAUCCAUCUAUUAUGAACUUGGAGAAGACACCAUUCGGCAAGCAUUUGCACCGUUUGGACCAAUAAAAAGCAUAGACAUGUCAUGGGACUCUGUGACCAUGAAACACAAGGGGUUUGCAUUUGUGGAAUAUGAAGUCCCAGAAGCUGCUCAGCUCGCCCUGGAACAGAUGAACUCCGUCAUGCUGGGCGGAAGGAAUAUCAAGGUGAGCGCAAAUAAGUGUAAAUCUGUACCUGAAGCUUCUCAGCACGCCCCGGAACAGAUGAACUCCGUCAUGGGUGGAAGGAUUAUCAAGGUUGGCAGACCAAGCAACAUUGGCCAAGCACAGCCCAUCAUUGACCAAUUGGCGGAGGAAGCCCGCUCCUUCAACAGAAUCUAUGUGGCCUCCGUGCACCAGGAUCUCUCAGAUGAUGAUAUCAAGAGUGUGUUUGAGGCCUUUGGGAAGAUCAAGUCUUGUAUGUUGGCACGGGACCCCACAACAGGCAAACACAAAGGUUACGGGUUUAUAGAGUAUGACAAAUCCCAGUCUUCGCAGGAUGCCGUCUCAUCCAUGAACUUGUUUGAUCUCGGUGGUCAGUACCUUCGAGUCGGGAAAGCUGUUACACCACCAAUGCCUCUUCUUACACCCGCCACCCCAGGUGGUCUCCCUCCUGCUGCUGCUGUCGCUGCCGCUGCUGCAACUGCCAAGAUCACGGCUCAGGAAGCGGUGGCUGGAGCAGCUGUCCUUGGCACACUGGCAAGUCCUGGCCUGGUGUCCCCGGCACUAACACUGGCACAGCCUUUGGGGGCACUACCACAAGCAGUCAUGGCAGCACAAGCCCCUGGGGUUAUUACAGGAGUGACACCAGUGCGGCCACCUUUACCAGUGACCAUUCCUCAGGUGGGGCUGGUGAACCCCAUUCUGUCCAGCCCCCCAGCAGUAACCCAGUUGGAGGUGAAGAAAGAGAAGGAAGAAGAGGAGCCGGUUCUGGAGUCGGAAAGGCCAGAGAUGCUGAGUGAGCAGGAGCACAUGAGUAUCUCCGGGAGCAGCGCACGCCACAUGGUCAUGCAGAAACUUAUGCGAAAACAGGAGUCCACGGUUAUGGUCCUGCGCAAUAUGGUUGACCCCAGAGACAUUGACGAUGAUCUAGAAGGAGAAGUGACGGAGGAGUGCGGCAAGUUUGGCGCUGUGAACCGGGUGAUCAUUUACCAGGAGAAGCAAGGCGAGGAGGAAGAUGCGGAAAUCAUCGUUAAAAUAUUUGUGGAAUUCUCCAUGGCCAGCGAGACGCACAAAGCUAUCCAGGCCCUCAACGGACGCUGGUUUGCAGGAAGGAAAGUAGUGGCAGAAGUAUAUGACCAGGAGAGGUUCAACAACAGUGACCUGUCUGCAUGAAACCUCUCGGACUUUUACCCCUCCCCCUCCCACCCCAUUGUCCUUGUUCUGUUUAUUUUAUAUGAUUGUGGAUUGUCUUUAUUCUGCGGAGUAGAACCACAGGAAAUAAAGCCUUGUUCUUUUUUUCAUGA